AAUAAAUACAAAAGUAAAAAGUUUGGGAGGCUUGGACUAGAGCCAGCUCGCCUGGGUAACAGGACCUUUUGUGGAGUUUGAAGGGUGUUUUUAAAAAGGAGGAAGAAAGAGAGAGAACAGCUCAAGAAUCUUGGCUCAGUCUUGGAGUAUUUCCUCCCAAUUCUCUGGCUAAACCUCAGCACAAAAGUCUGAACUAGAGAGCCUAUGUAAACUGAGGAGGGACUCUGCAUUUCUUCUCACUACCAGACAGAGAGGCAUCUCCAGUCACUGCUUGGAGACUUUAAAACCAUGCUUUUUAUUUGGACUCUGGCUUUUAUUUUAGUGCUGCAAGAGCAAGUCUUUUGGGCUACUGCAGAUCCUGUCAGCGUGUCACCAGGAAGUUCACAGGGGACAGAGUGGUGCAAUGAUCACAACACAAUCCACAGGCGCCUUGAUGUUAUUGAAGAGGUAGAAAAAACAGUGGACUAUUUGGACUCAGAAGUGAAGGCACUGCUCAAUACCAUCAGUGAAACAGCGUGGAAUGUCCCUGUUCCUCCUGGGACCCCUCUCAAGGACAUUUUUGAUGACGCCAGCUGAGCACCAGGGAGAUGGAAGAGAUCAGAAUAUAACAAGUCAUUGUUGCUUUACAUUGUUGCACUUUGUGCUUUAAGAAACUUUAGAAUGGUUCUAGAUUUUGAACUAAGAUAAACAGUCCUGAACAAUAAAUUACUUUUUUCUGUGCUUCUUUAAAAUAAAGAUAUUUGCUUUUCCAAUGCCAUUUUAAAACUCUGUAUCCUACAGAAUUCAGAUUCUACUCUUCACCAAACCUGCGCUGGUUGUCCAAAGAUGCAGAUCCUUAGCCUCUAGACCACCCCAUACACAACCAGGUAAAACACAACUUUCCCAAUCUCAGAAUCUCUGAAAAGGCUGUUAGCCCUUUUCAAUGAGAGAAUUAAGCAAUUACUACAGGUGUACACUGAUAGAGAUGCAAAUUCAGCUGUGCCUUCCUUUUAGAAUUUAGUUAAUAUACAGAGAGGAUUUCCAACAGAACAGACAGCAUGGAGCCUUCUGACUCUGAACGCUUGCAUCCUUGCUGCUAACUGAAGUAGGUGUGUCACUUGUAAAUUAAGUCACUUGUAUAUGAAGCUGGACUCUAAGCUAAAAUGAUAUUACAACAGCCUUACCCUUUUAGUAAAGGUAAUCAUACCUGGCGCUGAAAUAACUCCAGUCCCAAAAGGUGCGGGCAUUUAUAUCAAAUAAAAAUAAAAAGGUUGAAGCCCAAGAAGCAUACUAGCUCAAGCUAAGUUUAUUAUGUAGGCAGGCUAUUCCCAUUUUCUUGAAGGUUUUAACAGGCACAGGUUGAGCAAGGCUACAGAAAGGCAAAGUAGGUUUUUUAAACUGAGUUCAGUCACAUGACAUCUAUCCACCUUUCAUCUCUCUCUCUCUGGGACUCAGGCAGGCUCUUCUCCACAGAAUAAAAUAUAUUGUGCUAUGUCACCUCAAACCUAAAUUUGGAAGGGCUGAGAUUCUCCCAACAUCAACAACAGCAUGGCUUAUUUUAGGAACAAGCUUCAGUGGGUUAACAGUAGGGUGGAGGGAAUAAUAAUCAGGAAAGAAAGAAGGCAUGUAUUUUUAAAUAGUCUCUUUUUACUAAUUGGCAGUAACAUGCUUGGAGGAGUCUGCUCCUGCCAAACCCUUUUUGUACACUUUGUCAUUUUCUGCUUUCCAAAGAACAAGCUAAUGAGAACUUGUGCUAGUAAAAAGCUGAAAAAUUCUGAGUACAUAAAACCAAUCAGAGCAGGGAAAUUACAAGAGCCAGAGUAGAAAGACUUGCAUGCUCCAUGGAGAAGAGCUGACCAGAGGUUAUAUAAACCAGAUGCUCACAGAUCACACGGAGUUUCUUAACUCAAGAAAAACUUCAGUAUUAGUCAGAGAUUGAGUGACCAGCCCUUCAGCCAGUCUGGCACAGAUAUUUCUUUAUCUGUUCUCACAGGGUUUUUCCAUGGAAGUUCUAAAAAGGUCCUUCAACUGAGUUAUAAUAUGCCUGUAGGACAGAAAUGUCUGCACAAAAGUAAAACUGUUCCAGGAAGUUUACAAGAUAGAUACCUUUAAUUUUACAAUCUGCUUUUAGAUACAUAUGUUUGAUUUUAAGGCACAAUUAAAAACGUUUACUGGAAAGGUUUACUGGCAGAGGCUAGAAUCUUGUGAUAUUUGCAUUGAAGAACAUGAAAUAAUAUAGAGCAAGUCUUCCUUGGGGCGGGGGGGGAAAGAGGCAUUUGGCAAAACUUCUCAAAACAAUCUUGAUGAAGAACAACAAGAAGGCAGUUGUAUUCACACAGGAA